GAUACGAUGGAUACGAAGGAUCGAUGUCGCGACGUGUGUGCCAUACAGCGCACGUCGACCGAUCAUACUGUGAUCGUGCAGCAUCACCACGAGAGGAUGUGCCACCAAAACACGGAGGCAACCAUCGGAGCGAUCCGGCAGAAGUUCUGGAUUACGAACUUACGGAGACUGCUACGAAGGGUAGUGAGCAAAUGCAACGUUUGCAAGCUGCGAAGGGCACGACCAACUCAGCCCGAGAUGGGUUCCCUACCAGAGGACCGGCUGGAAGCCCACGGAUGGCCCUUUAAGUUUACCGGAUUGGACUAUUUUGGACCGCUAUUUGUGACGGUUGGACGACGCACGGAGAAGAGGUGGGUGGCACUGUUUACGUGUCUAACCACAAGAGCUAUCCACUUCGAGAUGGCUGACGAUUUGUCCAUCGAUUCCUGCAUAAUCGCUAUGAGGAACUUUAUGAGCCGACGUGGACCCGUCGUCAGGAUUAGGAGCAACAAUGGAAAGAACUUUGUUGGAGCCGACCGCGAAGCCAGGAGGUUCAGCGAAGUGUUCGAGCCUGUACAGAUUCAGGGCGAGCUGUCGUCCAAAGGAGCCGAAUGGAUCUUCAAUUGCCCGGCGAACCCAGCUGAGGGUGGCGCCUGGGAAAGGAUGGUGCAGUGCGUGAAGAAGGAGCUGACGCACACGAUGAAGGAACUUGCGCCCAAGGAGCACGUACUGGAGAACCUGCUGAUUGAGGCGGAGAGCAUAGUAAUCUCUCGUCCGCUCACUCAUCUACCAGUGACGGUGGACCAGGAGGCUCCACUGACACCCAACGACUUGCUGAAGGGAGCACCCGAUGUUCCAGACCUUCCCAAGGAUGACGGACAGGAGUUCGUGAGAUGCGCUACCAGGAAGCAGUGGCGCAUAGCGAGGAUGAUGCGGGAUCGUUUCUGGAAGAGAUGGGUGCAUGAGUACCUGCCUACACUUGUGCGCAGGGAGAGAUGGUGCAAGCACGUCGAGCCAAUUCGUCGAGGAGACCUGGUGUUUAUCUGUGAUCCUGCCAUACCACGAAGGGAGUGGAAACGAGGCGUCGUGGAAGAGGUGUUCACCGGGAGAGAUGGAGUACCUCGUCGAGCGGCAGUGCGGACAAACGAUCGAGCCAAGACUGUAAUGCGUCCCGCUUCGAAGUUAGCUGUCCUGGAUGUGGUGAAUGCGGCUGCUUCACGGGGGUGAGGAUGUCGCGGAACGGAUUAGGGUUAUCGAUAGUUAGUUAAGUUUAAACUCAGCGCCGCAGUAUUAUUUGUAUCGAUAGCUUUGGUAUUUAAGUUUAGGUUACUUGGUCCCACUAAAAAAAGGUAAACAGAGGGAAACAAUUUGGCGGAAUUAGACCGAUUUGCGCCAUCACGAUAAGAGGGAAGAGAAACUGCGAAUAAAACCAUCAACAACACAGAACUCCAACUGUUGUCCAGCACUAGUGUUUUGAAGUGUUUAAAGGCAUUCCCUGUGAUCGGCCAAGCGGCGACAUUUUCUUUUAUUCGCACUCUGCAAGAUUAUGCCCACGAAGCAUUCGCCCCGGCGGAGCCCCAGGCUGGAAGCCUCGGGUGUUCCCGCAACUGCGACCACCACGGCCACAGCAACUUGCACCCCGGCAAGCUCUGCGAGUGUGGCUGGUGAUCGGCAGCGGCCACAGACUCCGAAGGAAAGUGGAACAGCCGCCAGGAAAGCGGCAAGUAACCUGCAGCCCGAAGCAACGGGGCAGAUUAGAGACCCCACAACUGUACAUGUGGCGGCCCUGAUGGAAAGGAUUGCACGUCUCGAGUCGGAGCUGGAAAAGGCAAGGGUAAGUGGAGGACAAGCAGAGGCCGGCAGGAAUCCCGUUGGAAUCGGGGCACGCGGCGUUGGAGUGAGCAGUGCGGCGAAUACACCGCCAUGUUUGAGUGGAAUGAUGCAAACGGAGCUUGGAGUGACGUCAUCGCUGCAGUUGCCGGCACAAUUGAGUGCAAGUUUGCCGCCACAAUUGAGGCGCAGCCUGGGCUAGGUUAUGUCCAUCCGCCACGGGAGCCGACACACAAUUUGGAGGUAUCUGCACCAUCGCACCUGCCAUAUGAAGUGGCGACGGCGAGCAUACCUGGAUGGACGCCACGUAGAUUGCCUGAUCUUCCCGACUUCGAGGUUCAGCCAGAGGAAUGGCCAAUAUUCCUGUGCGCGUUCACGGAGACAACGGCAGCCUACCGGUGUACACAACUGGAAAACAACCAGCAGCUAGUGAAAGCCCUGUAAGGCGACGCCCGAGAGACAGUGAAGUCGUUGCUCAUCCAUCCCAGCAACGUAGAAGCCGUUAUGGAGCAGCUUCAAUUUCGGUAUGGACGUCCGGAGCUACUCAUCCGUAGCCAACUGGAUAGCGUGCGCGAUGUGCAGCCAAUUCAGGAGGCCAACAUCGCAAAGAUCGUCCCGUUCGCAACGAAGGUGAGCAACCUGGCAGCGUUCCUGCAGUCAACCACGAUCGGCAGCCAGCACCUAGGGAACCCAACCCUAAUGGAGGAGCUGGUCGCCAAGUUGCCGCUGAGCA